AUAACGUCACGCGUGUGAGUGAGUACUUUAAAAUAUUAACCUGCAAGAGUAACACGUGUUUCUUAGUAACUGUUGUAACCAGCGUGUUAAUUAUUUGAGUACCGGUUUGAUUAUUUAUAAAUAAUAAUUGAUGACAGCUUAUUAGCACGACAAUGAAAGGACUACUGAAGAAUCUCAAAGAAUUUUGUGAUAAAAAUUCUUCGAUCCAUAAUUUAAAUGAACUAUUUUCCAUUUAUUUAAAUAAUGACGACUUGACUGAAGAUAAGUUCAAGGAAGUAAUAGAAAAAAUAUGCAGUCAUAUUUUGAUGGAUAAAAAAUAUACUCGACAUGUAGCUGAGUAUUUUCCUCAAUAUUUAAUUCUCUUUUUAUCACAUGCUAUUCCUACAGAAUGUAGUGAAUUUGACGCAGAAUCAAAUCCACAAUUGCAUCGUUUAAAUUGUGUAAUUCUUGGACAAUUAAUAUCCAUCAAUCCUGAUGUUCUUGGAUUUACUUUACGAUAUUUUGAAGUUUAUCCAGCACCAUUUGAAACUUCCACGAAAUUAACUCCAGCUAAAAAAUUAAAAAGACAUGAGGUAUCGUUUAAAAUUAAAGAUGUAUCUGACUAUGACGUAGUAGUUGCGACUUAUAAUAUUUUGCGGGCUGCUUCAAAUCAUUUUAAACACAAAUGGAAUUGGUCGAAAUUUUAUAACUUUUUAGCUCACAAUGACAGUGAUUUAAAAUGGAUUGCUUUGAAAUGUGUAGGAAUAGUUUUAAAUAUGUCUGAAUCUGUAAAGAUUGCGUGUGCCAAGGCAUUAAUUCCUAAUUUUCAUAAAUUUUUAAUUAAUCAUGAUGUUCAUGAUAGUAAUAUUAUUCUCACAACUGAUGAUGAUGAUGAUGAUAAUUAUUUACAAGAGUUAGAAAAAGCUGUUGAAGAUUCAGAGUCUCUUGUGUCAAUUGCUGGUGUUUUGCUACCAGUAUUCGAUAAAACCAAUCGUGUACAUUCCUCAUUAGUUCCAGUACCAUCAAUGGAGUCAAAUUUACGUAGUCUUGCUCUGGCAGUUGCUUCAAGAAAAUGUGUUUGUCUUCAAGGACCAGUCGGCUGUGGAAAAACUGCACUAGUUGAAUAUUUAGCAAAAGUAACUGGACGUGGAUCAUCUGAUUUUAUAAAAGUUCAAUUAGGAGAGCAAACUGAUUCAAAAAUGUUGCUAGGAACUUACAGAUGUACAGACAUUCCAGGUGAAUUUAUAUGGCAGCCUGGUGUUCUUACUCAAGCAGUUGUAACUGGAAAGUGGUUACUUCUAGAAGAUAUAGACAGUGCGGCUCUUGAUGUCAUCAGUGUUCUAAGUAAUUUGAUGGAGACUGGAAUACUGUCAGUACCAGGAUAUCGUGAUACAAUUUAUGCUAAAAGUGGCUUUCAAUUAUUUGUAACCCAGCGAUUAAUUUCAUCAGUAUCUGGAUUGUUUCGACAAUCUGCAAAUGCUUGUAAUUUACUCGAAAAACAUUGGCUGUGUGUUCACAUGGAUCCGCUUACUAAAGAUGAAUUAAUAAUUGUCAUAAAAACUCUGUUUCCUGUUCUAACUACCACAGCAAGUAAAAUAAUAGAUGUAUUUUUAUUAUUUUCAAUGGGAAAUCACGAUACUGAAGAUGGAGAUGAAAAAUUAUCAACAGCUGGUAGAUUAAUAUCAACAAGAGAUUUAAUUAAAUGGUGUACCCGAUCAAUUGUUAAUUUUAAUGUCUCACAAGAACACACUGCUCGUAAACUUCUUCUAGAUGCUGUUGAUAUUUUUUGUUGCUCUGUACCGGAUGUUAAAAAAAGGCUAGAUCUUGCCAUUGCUAUUGGACAUAUUCUAGGAAUCGUCAAAACUGAAACUGAGAGUAUGAUUAAAACUCGUACGAUUCAAGUGUCUAAAACAGAAGAUGAAAAAGUGAUAACUGCUGGACGAGCAAUUAUCCAUUGUAAGAAAGAACGUUCUGUACAAUACGAUCAAUCAAAAGAUAACUUUACAUCUGAAUCAAGACCAUCAGCAGUUUUGUUGGAACGAGUUGCGUGCUGUAUUAUGCAAAAUGAACCUGUUUUAUUAGUUGGUGAAACGGGUACAGGAAAAACUAGUUCUAUUCAGCAUUUAGCUAAAAAUACAGGACACAAACUUAUUGUCAUAAACAUGAAUCAACAAAGUGAAAGUGCUGAUUUAUUGGGAGGAUACAAACCCGUUGAUGUUAAACUUUUAAUUACACCAAUUAGAGAAGAGUUUGAAAUACUUUUUCGCUCGUAUUUUGCUGUUGAGCCCAAUCGUAAAUUUCUUGAACACUUGGCUACUUCUUAUGAACAAGGCAGCUGGAAAAAACUAGUAGCUUUGAUGAGUCACAGUACGAUGGCUGCUAUAAAAAGAUUACGUGGAAGUAUAGACGGAAAUGAAGAACUUAAAACAGGUAAAAAGAGAAAAAGUACUGAUGAUGGUAAAAAAAAUAAAAUGGAAGUUAACAAAGAACGAUUAGUUAAAUGGGAAAAACUAAACAUUAAAUUAGAAAAAUUAAAAUCUCAAGUUAAAACAGAAUUUUCUUUGGCAUUUGCAUUUAUAGAGGGUAGUUUAAUAAAAGCAUUGCAAAAAGGUUACUGGGUAUUACUUGAUGAAAUAAAUUUAGCGUCAUCAGAAACACUUGAAUGCUUGUCUGGACUAUUAGAAGGAUCAACAGGAUCACUGUCAUUAUUUGAACGCGGUGAUAAAGAAUCUAUUAAAAGGCAUAAAGAUUUUAAAAUAUUUGCCUGUAUGAAUCCUGCGACGGAUGUUGGAAAAAAAGAACUUCCUGUUGGUUUGAGAAACAGAUUUACUGAAUUUUAUGUCGAUGAAUUAACAGAGCGAUCAGAUUUACGCGCACUAGUUAAGUCUUAUCUCAAAGAACUUAAUUUAUCUCAGGGUAUUUUAGAGAAUAUUGUUAAUUUUUAUUUAGAAGUUCGUAAGAGAGCUGUCAGUGUAUUAAAUGAUGGGACUGGACACAAACCGCACUACAGUUUAAGAACAUUGUGCCGGGCAUUGAGUGUAACUGUUUCAUUUAACUGCGGUAAUAUUUUACGGUCACUUUAUGAAUCAUUUUGUCUGAGUUUUUUAACCCAAUUAGACAGCGAGUCGUAUAAAAAUGUUGAUAAUUUAAUUAAAGAAAUGAUAAAUACUAAUAAAAGUAAAUGGAAAGCGAUAUUAAAUUCUCCAAUACCAAAUCCUAGUAUGAAAAAUAAUAUAUACAUUGAAUUCAAACCUUAUUGGGUACCUCGCGGUACUUUAGAACCUGAAAAACCAAAGGAUUAUAUUAUCACUAAAUCCGUCGAACAAAAUUUACGUGAUCUUGCUCGAGUUGUCGCAAUCAGUAGGAUGCCGGUAUUAAUUCAAGGCAAUACGUCUGUUGGUAAAACAAGUUUAAUAAAAUAUCUUGCUAAAGCUUCUGGUCAUAUUUGUGUGCGUAUUAAUAAUCAUGAGCAUACGGAUCUUCAAGAGUACGUCGGAAAUUACGUUGCCGAUGAAACAGGAAAGCUUAUGUUUAAGGAGGGAAUUUUAGUCGAAGCAAUGCGCAAAGGAUAUUGGAUUAUUUUAGAUGAAUUAAAUUUAGCGCCAAGUGAUGUUUUAGAAGCUCUAAAUCGUGUUCUUGAUGAUAACAGAGAACUUUUUAUACCGGAAACACAACAAAUAAUAAAAGCCCAUAAUAAUUUUAUGUUAUUUGCGACACAAAAUCCACCUGGUGUCUAUGGUGGUCGUAAAGUAUUAUCACGUGCAUUUAGAAAUCGUUUUGUUGAGCUUCAUUUUGACGAAAUACCGUCUGAUGAAUUAGAAAUUAUUUUAGAAAAUAAAUGUAGCGUACCUAAAACGUAUUGCAAGUCAAUGAUAAAUGUUAUGAAAGAUCUUCAAAUGAGACGUAAAAGUACAGCAGCUUUUAUGGGUAAACAUGGAUUUAUUACAUUACGGGAUUUAUUUAGAUGGGGUCAACGAUACAAAGCUAAAGAAGUUAAAAAUGUAACUGAUAAAAAAACUAAAGCAGUAACAAAUCAGUCUGAAAAAUAUGAUUGGGAGCAAUUACUUGCUGAUGAAGGAUAUCUUGUGCUUGCAUCAAAAGUACGACAGCAAAAUGAAGCUAAAGAAAUAAGAGAAGUAAUUGAAAAACGUUUUAAGCGAGAUGUUGAUCCAAAUAAUUUAUUUACUCUUCAUGAUAAAACUUCUCGUGAAACUAAAUCGAUACUUGAAGCUCUUGAAGUCAUAAAAAAAUCACCAAUGCCAGGAUUCGAACAUAUUGUUUGGACUUAUCAGAUGAGACGCAUGGCCGUAUUGGUAAUCAAGUCUUGUCAAUUUAAAGAACCGAUUUUGUUGGUUGGUGAAACAGGUGGUGGGAAAACUACCGUUUGUCAAUUAGCAGCAGUACUGAGAAACAAAAAACUUUAUAGCGUAAACUGUCAUAUGAAUACCGAAUCAUCGGAUUUUUUGGGUAAUUUACGACCCGUUAGAGAACAUACUGAAGACAAAAAAAAAUUAUUUGAGUGGGUCGAUGGUCCAUUGAUAUCGGCAAUGGAAAAUGGUGAUAUAUUUUUAGCUGAUGAAAUUUCUCUUGCUGAUGACAGUGUACUUGAACGAAUGAAUUCGUUGUUAGAACCAGAGCGUACACUUUUGUUAGCUGAAAAAAAUAGCGAUUCGGUUGAUAAAAAUAAAGAUGACUGUGGAAUUACAGCUCACGAAGAUUUUUGUUUUAUUGGUACGAUGAAUCCAGGUGGUGAUUAUGGUAAAAAGGAACUUUCACCUGCCCUACGUAAUCGAUUUACUGAAAUUUGGUGCGAAGGCUGUGUUUCUGAUGAUGAUCUUCGUGAUAUUAUUGAAUAUAAUUUACAACCUCAAGUUAUUAAAAAUGAAAAUCAAGAUAUUGCUACUGCAAUAUUAGCAUUUAUAAAUUAUCUCAAAUCAUCAGAAGUUGGUAAAAAAUUUGUCGUAAGCGUACGAGAUAUUUUAACUUGGAUUAAUUUUAUUAAAAUUUGCCGUGAUGCAAGUAAUUAUAAAUUAACAACUUCAGUGGCAUUUAUUGAAGGAGCUCGACUCACUUAUCUCGAUAGUUUAGGCUCUGGAGUAACUGGUACAGAGUCUAAAGAAAAAUUGGAAACAUUUAAAAAUAAUAUUUUUGUAUAUUUAGAGCCUUAUAUUAAUAAAUUAAGAAAUUACGACCAUACCAUUUGUGAUGAUAAAAUAAUUGAGAGAGAUGAUGUAUUUGGUAUUGAUCCAUUUUAUAUUCCCACUGGACCUAAUGGAAAAUAUACAGUGACAAGUUUUACAUUUGACGCACCAACUACUAAAUCUAAUAAAUUAAAAAUACUACGAGCAUUGCAAUUAAAAAAAUCACUUUUGUUGGAAGGAAGUCCCGGAGUUGGUAAAACAAGUCUUGUGUCUGCUAUCGCAAAAGCAUCUGGACAUAAUUUGUUGAGGAUAAAUUUAAGUGAUCAAACUGAUAUAUCUGAUCUAUUCGGUGCUGACUUACCAGUUGAGGGGGGUAAAGGUGGACAAUUUGCAUGGAAAGAUGGUCCUUUCUUGCGAGCAUUGAGAGCGGGAGAUUGGAUACUCCUUGAUGAAUUGAAUUUAGCAUCUCAAUCUGUUUUGGAAGGUUUGAAUGCCUGUCUUGAUCAUCGUGGCGAAAUUUACAUUCCAGAACUUGCUCGUUCAUUUAUCGUUAAACCAGGAACAAAAUUAUUCGCUUGUCAAAAUCCUCUAAGUCAGGGUGGAGCAAGACGUGGAUUACCAAAAUCUUUUCUCAAUAGAUUUACUCAAGUGUUUGUUGAUGCGCUGUCAGAUAAUGAUUUGAAAAUUAUUGCGGUGACACAAUUUAGUGGCAUCGAUCAGACGAUAAUUGAUAAAAUUAUUGAAUUUAAUUCUAUAAUAUCGUCAGAGGCUGGAAGCUCUUGGGGAUACCAUGGCUCACCGUGGGAAAUGAAUUUACGGGAUAUUACACGGUGGUGUGAAUUAUAUCAUAAAAUGAAAAUAUCUGAUUAUAAUGACGCUGAAGUUACGGCCACUGAACUAAUUUAUGUUGAUCGUAUGCGCACUGCGGAUGAUAAAGAAAAAGUAAGAGAAUUAUUCCGCAAUGUGUUUCAAGUGCCAUCUUAUAUAAAUAAACAACCCUUUAUGUAUGUUAAUGAAGAAAAUUUAUACUUUGAUAAUAUUAUUUUACCCCGGAGUGAAAAUUCAUUCAGUGUUGAUCAUAAUUUAUUGGUCUUACGAGAUCAAAUUCCUGCGUUAAAAAGUCUUGCUCAGUGUGUUCUAAUGAAUUGGAUGCCUAUUCUUGUCGGAGAAUCUGGAACAGGAAAAAGCAGCGUUGUUCGUGUGCUUGCUCAGUUAGCAGGACAAAAACUACGAUCAAUCGUCGUAAAUUCCGCAAUGGAUACAACAGAAAUUCUUGGCGGCUUCGAACAAACCGACUACAACCGGCACUUGGAGCAGUUGAUUGAAAAGACUGAGAAUCUUUUGAUUGCCGCUUUGAGACAAACACUUGAUGAACAAAAUCUUGAUAAUGUUUCAGAGCUUUAUGAGCAGCUAGAAAAAAUAAAAAAUCUAUCUUGCGAUGAGAGUCUUUCCACGACGAUGGCAAUUGAGACUAAAAAUUUUCUACAACGAACCGAACAACUCUCGACACUAAUUUCCCGAAUGGAAAAACUAAAAACACUUGAAGCUCUUGAGAAGACAGAGUUAGCAUCGAUCAAUGACAAACUACUGAAUCUGUCGAAUCUCGUGAAGCAAGAAAACUGCCUCAAUGCAGGAGGAAAGUUUGAAUGGAUCGAUAGUGUACUUGUGAAGUGUUUACAAGAUGGUACGUGGCUUCUGAUAGAUCAAGUAAAUCUCUGCAGCCCAGCGGUGUUAGAUAGAUUAAAUGGUUUACUUGAACCUGGUGGUGUCCUUACGAUCGGUGAACGAGGUGUAGACAAUGAUGGUAAUAUCCAUACAAUAAAACCUCAUAAUAAUUUCCGUCUUUUCUUAACGAUGGAUUCACGUUAUGGUGAAAUCUCGAGAGCGAUGAGAAAUAGGGGCGUUGAAAUAUUUUUACUUGGUCACAAGGGAUAUAAAAGUGAAAAUGAGCUUGACAUAAAGUCAUUGAUGUUCGAUAUAGGUCUGACACGAAAUAAUCAUCAAGAGACGAUGUUGAACAUUAAUCGGGAGAUAUUGAGUCAAAAGCUUUUGUCAGAUAAACUCAGCACUAUUCAACUGCUGCACUCAGUCUUUCUGAUUACUCAGCAAAUAUUAAGAGGAUUUUCCGUAAAAAAAGCAUUCACAAGAGCUUGUAUCGACGUGUAUAUAAAAUCACGAUACAUCCACCAUUCAAAUAUUAAAAAUCAUCUGUUAUCAAUUAUAAAUAAUAUUAUUGAUCAAAAUGACAUUCAAAAUAAUCAUCAAUCAAUAAUUGAUUUAAGCGCAAUUACUUUGAAUGUACGAGACCUUCAAGAUAACGUCAAGUUGACACUAAUUAAUCAACAAGCGACAUUGUUACUGUCAUUAAUUAAUAAAUAUCAAGACUCGUCUUCUACUGAGUUUCUCAAUAAAUAUCUUGAUCCAGAAGACAAUAAAAAUUUAAUUGCCAUUGACAUUAAAAAAAUAGUUCCUUAUUUACUUCUGAUGUUCUUUGAAAAAUCAUCAGUUAAAGAUUUAAGACUGAGGAGCGCAUGGUUACAAAAAAAACUUGAUGAUUUACCACCCGAUGAUUUUAUCAUAUCGAUAAAGUCUAAAAUUGAAGAAAUAACUCAAGAAAUUUUUGAUAAUAAAAAUGAUUUACCGGAUUCAUUACCUUGGUAUCGAUGUAUAUCGAAUAAUAUUGAGUCUGAUCAAAACAAUGCGCAAUUAUUGUCAAUAAGACUUUAUUUGAAGACAAUGGAUAUUAAAUAUCCACAAAAGUUAUCUGUUGCUAAUGAUAAAAAUAUAAUAACAUUAGAAAAAUAUUCAGACAGAGUAUGUGCAAAUAAUGAACACGAUGAUAAUGUGGCACCGAUCGCGACAUUUUUUUCACCUUUUAUUAGUCUAGUAAACCAGUGGAUAAAUAAUUACUUGAAAUAUUUGUGUGAUUGCAGUAAUAAUAUUAAGUACAUUGAAAUAAGACAAGAUCUCCAAUGGUUCCGUCGGUUUUACGAGCAAGGAAAAUUGACAUUCAUAAAUAAAUUACACCGCGUAAAUGAAAAAGUUGAAAGUGAUCAUACGGAAAUGUUACUAAAAGUCCAUUACCGUUGGCUAAGAAAAUUAUUGACUAAAACAUUCGAAGAAUCAAAUAAUUCACUGGCUACAAAUGAAGACAAAAAAACUAUUGAAACUCUCAAGGAAUUUAUGGAGCAAUUUGACAAUUAUCUGCGCGAGCAACAAUCGUUUAAAAAAUUGACGAAAAAAAUUAAAGAACAAUUGAAUAUUCUUCGUCCUUUUACCUCUGAAUUAAUUAUCAAAAAUUACAAACAACUUGAUCAUUAUUCUGAUGAUUUAUUUUUGCCUAAAAAUAAUGAAUUUAAUUACCAAUUAAAUUUGGUAUUCAUCCAAUUAGAAGAAACCAAAACAAUAAGACGUAAAUUUGAAAAAUUAUGGGAAAAUAUUUUAAAUGAUGAAUUUAAUGAAGACAUGGCAGCUGAUGUAAUGUCUAGCGUUGAUAUAUUUUUAAAUAAAUAUAAAUUAUCAAACAGAUUUAACAUAAAAGAAGUAAUGGAAAUAAUUUUAUCAUCUUAUUCAAGUAAAACUUUAAUAGAAAUGUCAUCAAAUAUAAAACUAUGGCCCAUUUAUGAGUACACUUUUAUUAUGUUUGCUCAUAAAUUACACUGUCAGUUAAAUGAAAAAUUGAGUAGUGACAUAAAUAUCAAUAACUCAGAAAUAGUAAAUAAAUUUUUGAAUCUAUCUUGUGUACCAACAAAUUUAAUAGCCGUAUUAGCGACUCUAUUAAAUAAAAAUACUGAGCGAGAUAAUUGCGAACGUUUAUUACCAGAAUUAUUUCGAUAUCUUACUCAAUAUAAAACUCGUGAUACUUACGACCAUUCAAAUUUUGUUAAUUGUUUGAAGAGCGUAUUUGAAGAAGACUCAAAACCUGACGAAUUAAUCGAAUCGAAUUGUAAAUUUAAUUAUUCUGAUGAUGAUCCAGUUUUGAUAAAUGCAAUAUCUGACAUUCUUUUAUCUCAAGACAGCAAAGAAAAUUUUGUAGUAUCGACUGCGGCGAUUGGAUUUUAUAAUUCGCAUAUAAAACAAAUCAAUACAAUAAAUAGUAUACUCUGGCGCAAUAGUAUAUCUUUUAAUUCCAAUGAGUACAACUUGAUUUUAAAUGAUCGUAAAGCUUUUAUCGAUUACACUGACGUUUAUCUGACAGCGAUUGAUAAAAUAGAAAAAACUUGGGACAUAAAUAAAUUGAUAAAAAAUAAUAAAGUAAAUAAUCAAGACAAAUUGACUGAAGAUUUUUAUAAUGAGUGCUACAAAAAUCCGAUCGAUAAAUUGAAAUUAAUUAGAAAUAAUUUAACAGCUGAUUGCAAUUACAGUACAGAAGGUAUCGAUAGAGGAAUUGCGUGGAUAUAUUUAGGAUUUCAUAAAUAUUUUAUAUUCAGUCAUCUAGGUUUUAUAGAUCCGGUACUAAAAACAGAAUUAAAACUUAAAUAUAUAAAUGAUGACAUUGAAGAUCUUGAAAAUUUAAUAUACGCAAAUAAAUUGGAUUGUUAUUUAUUUGAUGACGAUGGUUGGAUUGCUCAUGGAGGUGAUUCUUCUCGUAUCGCAAGUGCCAAUAAAUGUAUCGAUAUAUUGUAUGACGUACAGGGGGAAUUAAAAAAAUCAACAGGUUAUCGAUCAUCAGACGUGCGGUUUGUUGAUUUGGCUAAAAAAGUAACUCGCUUUAGAGACGACAUUGGCACGGCGGAAAAUAUUAUAAAAACUUGUGAAAAUUUAUACAAAUUAACAGAAAGUAAAAUAACCAGUAGUGAAUCUAAUUAUGAUGAAUUAUUGACAGCAGUUAAUAUUUUGAUAAAUAAAAGAAAUACAUGGAAAAUAUUUUAUCAAUCAUUGGAUAAAAAUUUCAUGGCAUAUUAUCGUGAGCUUGUGUCGCCUAUUAUCAACGGAUUAAGUAAAAUAAUCCACGGCGCAAAUAUUUUAAUUGACCAAACAAACCGUUUAAUUUCACUUGAAAAAACAAGUGUCUGUCUGACAGAAACUAAAUUAUCAGCGCAAGAUUAUCUGUAUAAUUUAGUAAGAUUCCCUACUAUUGGUAACGACCAAGAAAAUUUACUUGAAUUAAUAGAGUUGCAUACAUCGAAAAAUAGCAAAGAAUUUAUUAUUAAAUUUAUUGAUAAAUCCAAGUCAUACUUUGAAGUCUUUCGUAUGCUGAAAAAUAGUUUAGUCGAACUUUAUAAUCACAUAACUCUGACAAAACAACUGACAAAGCCUCUGUGGAAUAAAUUGAAUGAAUUACUUUCGCAAAUUUGUCUAGUGUGGAAAAAACAACAGUUGGAAGAGGAAAAAGCAGCAGCGGAAUCGCAGAGUUUGUAUAAAGGGAACGUUAGUAUACAUUGCGAAACAUUGACCGAUGACGAAGAAAUGAACAAACAAUUACAGGAAUUGUUCCCAGCAAGUAAAGACUUUGAUGACAUUAAAAAUUUAAAUACACUUGAAGCUCAACAGAAUUUAAAAGGUUCAGUUGAAACAAUAAAAUCAUGUGGUAGUUUGAUAACUAUCGAUGAUUUGGAACAAGUCUAUAAAAUUCAUUCGCGAAUUGUUAAGUCAUUUACUUCCGCUCCAUGGUUAAAACAUUACAGUUUUAUUGAAUUACCAACUCGUGAUUACAUAGACCCAUUGCUUCAAAGGUAUCAUACUUUCGGAUUACUCCGACCAGAGCUUGAAAAAUCUUUAUCUGCAGACUUGUCGAAAAAAUUACACGUCAGUUUGAAUUUGCUUUCAUCAAUAACAUUGGCAACAAGCCUCGGUGAGAAUAAUAAUUUAAAUAAAAGUGAUGAAAAAACUUAUGACUUUUACAAGAGCAGUAACAUCGAAGAAGUAAAACAAUGCGUGGAAAUUCUCGAUGGUUUAACAGAAGCUGUUGAAAAUUAUUUGACGGACUGGCCGGAACAUCCGACACUUCAGUCAAUAAAAACGAUCAUUACCAGAAUAAAUAACUUCCCAAUAACGUCACCUGUGUCGAGAUUUUUAACGGGACUUGAAAUUCUUCUGAGCAAAACACGCGAGUGGAAAGAAACGGCAGCUCGUAAGGGCGAUCGCUUAGCAGAGUAUUCAUUUUCAUUGGAAAAACAAAUAAAAAUUUGGCGACGUCUUGAACUCGGUUGCUGGAAAGACUGUUUGGACUCUGCGUUCAAAAGAUUACAAGCCAAAGCAUCUAAGUGGUGGUUUUUUAUUUACUCUAUUAUCGAAUCUUAUGUCAAUAAAACUUCAUUGACUACAGAAAUUCCACAGGAAGUGAUUGAAAAAUCUUGCGAUAAUGAAAUAGUAACAGCUAAAAAAUUAAUUAAAUUAUUGGAGAUUUUUAUGACUCAGUCUUCGCUUGUUGAGUUCAAAGCUCGGCUUGAUUUAUUAUUAACAUUCCACUCUCAUGUAUUUUAUUUAGAGCCGAGUGUUGAAAGAGAUGAACUGCUGUCUAUAUUUUGGAAUAUAUAUAAUUAUUAUAAUAAAUUUACAGAUGAUGUUGAUAAAAAAAUAAGUCAGUUAAAAACAACAGUAGGAAAAGAAAUAAAAGAUCAAGUAACGAUUGCUAAUAGAACGAACAUUGACCGUUGGACCGUAGAAGAAUUGGUGAAAAAAGUUCAUAGAAAAUUACUCGACUGCAUUAAAAAGUACGAGACUGUCUUAAAAGAAAGUGUUGGUAAAUAUUUGACAUUUAAAUCAUCAAAUGAAUCAUCUGAAGACGACAAAGACGAAUGGAAUCGUCAUAAAAUUCGUUACUACUCAAUAAAUCCCGAAGAUUUUAUUGUAUCUGACGAUAAAUUCAAUGAAAUUUAUCCUGUUAAAUCUAAAGGACUAAGAGCGGAUAUCGUAAAACAUUUAAAUGAAAUAAAAAACUCCUGCCGGAAUACAAUUCUGUCAUCAGUUUAUCCUGGACUGCGUAUCGAACUCGAGCAACGAAUUGAAGAAUUUAUUACUCAUGCCACAGAAUUAAAAAAUAUGAAAGUAAAUGAUAAAUUGAGUAUUGAAAAACAAAAGUCUCAUGCGAAAAGUAUUCUGCAAACUAAAAAGAAAGCCCUGAAAGAUUAUUUUGAUACUUUGAAGAACUUUGGAUUUUCUUAUAGAAGAGGUCUAGCAGAUUGGAGAAAUUCACCAGAUCAAGUUCAAGAUUUUACUGUACCACCGUUGGAUAUUUCAAGGACUCUCGAGAGACUUGAAAGUUUGGGAGAAUCUGAUAAGCAAAUGUUAACUCAUUGGGAUGGAAGUGAGCACUAUUAUUACCAGUCAUGUAUUAAAUUAAAUGCGCUAAUUAGCACACUUACAAAAACUCAAACAGACUUGGGACCAAUGAACAUGGAUCAGUGCAAAGGUUAUUCAGUUAAUAUCAUAACUAAAGCACACAAGCAAAAAAUAAUUCUAGGCAGAUCUAUAAAUAUUUAUGCAGCAUUGAGACAACAAGUUUCGAAUUUAUCAAAUAUUGAUUACAAAAAUUUAAGCCUCCCGCGUCAUCAAGAUAUAGCCCAAUGCGCUAAUGAAUUAAAUGAUUUACUAGCGUGCUUAUCAAUCGGAUUAGAGCAGAUUGAAAUUUAUUUACAAGCUUGCCCUCGAGAUAAUCUCGGGAUAAAUGACCAGGUAAUUGUCUUGGAAUCAUCUGAUCUUCCGCUAAUUAACGCGACAAAAGGGGAUCAAACUUGGGAAUCCGCGAGUGUUUUAAUUAAAGACGCAAUUAAAUCUAUCAGUACUCUAUCUACUGAUCACAGUAAAUUAUUUUCUAAUACAUCUGUGGCAAGUUUCAUAAGAACUCAUGGUCAUUUUAAGUCAUUAGAAAAUAGUUGUAAAAAUAUUUUGAAAAUAAAUAAAAUUAUAACGACACUUGGAGAAAUGUUUGGUAGUGAAAAAGAUAAAGAUCACCCGCUUUUAGCGACUAUCAAAUUUCUUAUGGAUCGAUCUAAUCAGUGGAUUGAUAAAUUCAAUGUAAUAAAAAAAUUUGAAAGUGAUCCGGGAAUGAAAAAUGACUCUGGCAUACAAGACAUAAGAAAUAAAAUAAAGUGCCUUGUAGAAAUUAUUUUACGGGUUAUAAAAACUAAUGAAGAAGUAUCACAAAGUGAUGUGUCAUCUAAUGAUAUAACUUGCGAAAAUAAAAACGAUGAUGAUAAAGAAGAAAAUGAAGAUUCACUUUUAGAUAAAAACGGAUUACGCAAACAUUUAAUUGAAUCUCUGGAAAAAGAUAUUAAAAAUUUGGAGAUUGAAAAAAUAAAUAAACAAUUAGAAAAUAUUAUUUUUAUUGCGGAAGAAUUAAAUCCACUUUAUACUUCAUACUAUAAUUCAUGUUUAUUGACAUGUCUGCCUUUACUAAAUCAAUAUAUUUUAUUUACCCAAUUUUAUUUGACAGAACAAGUCGCAGCUUUUCGGGUAACAUGCAAACUUUUGUAUUUACAACUUAAAUUCUUUUUAAAUUUAUCAGCAAAUGGAUUUUGUGUACCGAAAAAUUUAGAUGACAAUGAAGCUGAUGCUAAUGGUGGUGAAGACAGUAAAAGUAAAGAUGGUAUGGGACUGGGUGAUGGUGAAGGUAAAAAAGAUGUUUCUGAUAAAAUAGAAUCAGAGGAUCAGUUGGAAGAAGCGAGACCAGCUGAUGAAGAAGAAAAGAAUGAAGAUGGUGAUUGUAAGGAAGAAGAUAAAGGCAUAGAAAUGAGUGAUAAUUUUGAUGGUAAAUUACAAGAUUUAGAUAAAAAUGAUAACGACCAAGAGAACAGUGAUGAUGAGAAUGAUGAUAAUGAUUUGGAUAAAGAGAUGGGUGAAACUGAAACGGGAGCGGAUCAGAUGACUGAUGAUAUUUGGGGUGAUGAUACUGAUGAAUCGGAAACUGAAGAACAGGUUGAUGAUACUGACGAACAGGGAAAAGGUGAACAAGCUGGUGAAAAAGAACUGGGUGCUCGUGAUGAAUCAAAGCAUCAGGGUGAAGAUAAAAAAGAUGACAAUAAUGGUGAAGAAGAAAAAGAAGACAAAGACAAACCAGAAAUUAAUGAAAUGAAUGAGCCUGAUAUUAAUGAUGAUCAGAUAGAUCCAUAUCAUGGCAAACAUAAUCCUCAACCUGAACCAGAGCCAAUGGAUCUUCCAGAUGAUUUAAAUUUGGAUGGUGAAGAUGAGGCCAAAGAAGAUAAAGAUGAAGCUGGAGAAAAUCCGUUUGAUAUUGAUGCGAUGAAAGAAGCUGUACCGCCGGAAAAUGAUGAUACUGAAGCUGAUAAUCAGGAAACGAACAAGAAUGCUGAUGAAAAUUUGGGUGAUGAUAGCAGUGAUGAAGAAGGUGGUCCGACAACUGAAGAUACUGAGAUGAAAGACCUGGAUUCUAAAGAACCUGAAGAACCUGAAGCCUCUGAUCAACAAGUUCCGGAUAAAGGAGAAGAGAAAAAUGAAGAAGAAGAUCAACCGAAUAAAGAAAAUGAAGAAGAAAAAGGAGAGAGAGCGGUACCUAGUACGGAUGAUGGUAGCAAAGAAACUGACACCGCUGAUCAGCUGGAAAAUAAAGUCGGAUCUCGUGAUAAAGUUGCUAAUGAUCCGAAUCAGGAGAGUAGACAAGAUACAGCUCCUAUGGAAGAAAACAGCCAAGAUGAUGGCAAUGACAAAGGAACUGGUCAAGCGCAGUCUAAUGAACAAAAUGAAGGACAUUUCGGAAGUACUGCGGAGAAGAAUACGACUGUUCAGCAGCAGCAAGAAGAACAAAAGUCUAGAGAAAAAAGAAAAAACCCUGGAGAGAGUGAUGAGAAUCGGGCUUUGAUUGAUAAAGCACAGCCGAAUAAGAAGAAACAAAGAAUCAUAAAUACUCGAGAAGAAUUAGGAAAUGAUGAAGAUGACACUGGAGCUGCUGAAAAUAAAGAUAACGGAGACAUAGACAUGUGCCAACAUGUAAAGAAUACAGAAAAAUUUGAUGACUACGCAACUGAUGCUGCUACUGAAGAACAGGCCAAGAAGCAGACAAUUGCAGAUGAUGAAGAAGAACCAGAUGCACGCGAUGAAGAACUGAUGGAUGUUGAUAUGCAUGAUGAUAAAGAAGAAAUCAUUGAGGAAGAUAUUAAAAAAAUGGAUGCUGAGCCGACUCCAAAGACUGACAAAGAUAUGGCUAAAUCUAGUUCGAAGAAUAGUGUAGAAGAAACUUGCAAUAUGGAAACGAAACUUGACGUUGAAGGUGAUAUUGUACCGACAGUUACUGUAGCACAGGAAGUUGAAUCGGCUUUUUACACAAAUCUGAAAGAAGAUGAUACUAUUGAUUUAACGCAAGAAGAAAAUGUUGAAGAAGAAAAAUGUAUCAGUCGAUGGAUUUAUAAACCAUCUUCUGAACAAGCGUUAACGAUGUGGAAUAACGUUAGCUCGCGAAUGGAAACAGCAGCAAGAGAUUUAUCAGAAAAAUUACGACUGGUACUUGAGCCAACACAAGCGACUAGACUGAGAGGUGAUUAUCGUACGGGCAAAAGGAUAAAUAUGAGAAAAAUAAUUCCUUAUAUUGCAAGUCAAUUUAGAAAAGAUAAAAUUUGGUUAAGACGGACGAAACCAUCGAAGAGAAAUUAUCAAAUUUUGUUGGCAUUAGAUGACAGCAGUAGUAUGAAAGAUAAUUUAUCUCAUGAGUUAACAUUUGAAUCGAUUUCAUUGAUCAGCAAAGCUAUGGAGUAUCUUGAAGUUGGAGAUCUUGGUGUUAUCAGUUUUGGAGAAAAGGUUGAAAUUCUUCAUCCAUUGGGUAAACCAUUUAAUGAAGAAAGUGGAUCGAGACUUAUUGAAGAAAUGAAUUUUGAACAGAAGAAAACUAAAAUUGUUAAAAUGAUAAAUGAUGCUGUUGAUAUGUUUGAAGAACAAAGAAGUUCCACUGAUAGCGCUAAGCUUCUUAUUAUACUCUCUGAUGGACGUAUUAAUGAGCAAGAAAACAGUGUUAAUCUUGCUGUAAGAAGAGCUCAACUUGCUAAUAUCUUCUUGGUUUAUAUAAUUAUCGAGACACCAGAGAAAAGAGAUUCUGUGUUGGAUAUAACAAAAGUGAUACCUUUGUCUGCAAAAGAAGGAGGAGGAGUUCAAUUACUACCUUAUAUGGAUAGUUUUCCAUUUAAAUUUUACAUGAUACUUCGUAAUAUAAAUUCAUUGCCAGGAAUUUUGAGCGACGCUUUGAGACAAUGGUUCGAGAUUGUCGGAAAAAUAGAUACAUAAUUUAAUUUUUAGACAGUAUUUAUUUGUGUUAUAACUAAAUAAAUAAAUGAAACAAAUUGUCAUAACAAUUACAUGUAUAAUAAUCCUGUUUUUUUUUUUUUAUUGUAAAAAAUUUUUAGUUUGUAAAAUAAAUUUUUCUUUACCACUUU